AUGUCUUCAUCUUUCAAAAAAUAUGACGUGUUCCAUGUGGCAUGCAAAGCUGAACAAACUGAGGUUGUAAAGUUUUUGAUAACGCUGGAGGAAUUUGACAAAAUUACAUUACUUAAUAGUGAAUUUUGGGACAGUUUAUCCAAGUGGUCUGAGGCAAAUAUAAUCGAAGUUAUAAGUGAAUUAGUAGCAUGUGGAAAAAUUGACAUAAAUAAAACGAUACCACCACGAGGCGUUUCUCUGCUUUUUCAUGCAAUUGAAAAUAGAAGGAAGCUUUUAGCUGAUUAUCUUAUUCGACAUGGAGCCGAUGUUACAUUUGUUGGUAAAUGUGAUGUGCUAGGAACUAUCAAUUGUACUUGCCUCUCGGCAUACCAAAUUCCAUCUCUUCUUCCGGAUUUACUGAAAAGGGGAGGGAAUGCAAAUGAUAUAUAUGAUAAGAGUGGACAGUCAGUUUUGAUGUUGGCAUUUAGAAAUGAUGCAGACCGGAAAACAAUAGAAGACAUUGUACGUGCUGGAGCAAAUUUGAAAUGGAAAGACAACUCUUUCCAUGUUAACAUCAAUAGGUUUGAAUCAGCCGAUCGAGAAACGUGUUCUUUGUUUGUUUUCACCUAUGUCCUUUAG